AUGUCGCGAGAAGAAGAAUCCAGACGGGCAGAGUCGGAGCUGAAUAAGCUGCGGAAGUUGCCCGAGAACAAGAAAUGUGCCAACUGCUUUGCGCCCGGGGCUCCUGCAUUGACUGCCGUUGUCGUUCCCUUCAAGAUUUUCGUGUGCAGCAACUGCAAGUCUGCUCACCAGGCCUUCUCACAUAGAUGCAAGAGCACGCAGAUGAGCCUGUGGACCAUGGACGAGGUGCGUGCAUUGGAAGAGAGAAACGGAGGAGGAAACAAGGUCGCACAGGAUACUUUCUUAGCAGGUGUGCGAGAUGAUGACAGGCCUCGAGAGGGAGAUUCUCUUGAUAAGUGCAAGGAGUUUGUGAAGAGAGCCUACAUAGACAAGAUCUGGCUGCAAAGUGCCAGAGCAAGGGAGACUGAGCAUGUGGCGAGAACAAGAUCGACUGUGCCACCAUCCCAAUCGCAUGAUCGUGAGAAGCCGAGCAGUGCAAGGCCCACACCUGCGGUAAGUGUAGACCUCCUUUCAGACUUUGAUGGGUCUACCGCGCCGAUACCAUCACCUUCGCUGCAAGGGGGCCAAGCACCCUUUCCAAAGCCAUGUGGGGGAUUUGACCCCAAUGCCAAUGCCACCCAGGUUCAGCCAAACAAGACUUCGGGUACAGAUUUGCUGGGGUUUGACCCUUUCACUUUCACGGCGCAGCACAGCGAGCCCUCCGUGACUACAAGCUCUGCUGUGCCGGCGGCAUGCGUUAGCAGUUCUAGCCAGGAGAUUCCCUCUCCUGCCAGCCAAAUGCCUUUCUCAUCUGCGGGUGGACAGGGCGGCUGUGGCGGCGGGGUUUGCUGUGGGGGCUUUGGCGGCAGCAGCUGUGGCGGGGGCGGCGGUGGCACUGUUGGCUUUGGCGGCUGCAUGGGGGGUUGUGGCGGCGGCUGUGGCUGCAGCGGUGGGUGUUGUGGUGGGGGAUCAGGAGUGACCAACCCGCCCGGCAACAUCAUGCAUGGGUUUCCCACUGGACCUCAGCAAGGCUUCGGGAACUCCAGUGGGUGCGGGGCUUGUGGUGGGUGUGGUGCUUGUGGAAGCGGCCUGGCUGGCUGCGGCAAUGGAUGUGGUGCCCUUGGUUGUGCAGGCUGUUCUGGUUGCACCUGCUUUUCCGGCCCCGGCUGUGGUUGCAACGGUGCCUCUGGCUGUUGUGGGCACGCCGGCUACACAUCUGGGCCUUGCCCACCCUGUGGGACCUUCGGCGCAGGCUGCCCCCAAGCCAGUGGGCUGCUACCUUCCAACUGUGGAUGCGGCUGCCAUGUUCAAGGUUACAACGGCUACAACGGAUGCAUGUCUCAGAACCCAGGUGCCUGCUGCGGCUGCGGUUGCUGUGGCGUCGGCAGCUGUGGCUGUGGUGGCUUCACCCCGAACGUGCAAGGAUGCAAUGGGAUGAACGGGUGUCCUGGCACAAAGCCACAGCCAACCCUAGCUGACCUCAAGGACAAUUUGCAGAGGCUGUACGCGGCAUGA